AUGGCACCAAAACGUCGAGAAGGGCAAGCUGGCGCGGCACCGUCCACUCCCAGCGCAGGCACUGUGAAGCCAACACCAGCUCCUUCGACAGUGCCCAAGCCAACACCAUCGAAAUCCGCAAAUGCCUCCGUGACGGAUAUUGCGCUGAAUAUAUGGCAAAAUUACACUACAAAGACGCCACAGAGGACCUUGCUUCUAGAUACCUUCAUGGCCUUUUUAGUUCUUGUCGGUGGAAUCCAAUUUAUAUACUGUGUUUUGGCAGGCAACUAUCCAUUUAAUGCAUUCCUGAGCGGGUUCUCUGCCGCUGUUGGCCAAUUUGUUCUCACAGCAAGUUUAAGGAUGCAAACAAGCGAUGUAGGGAAGAGCACUGUGGCUAUAACACCUGGCAGUUCUAGCGGAGCAGAUACGCCGAUUCAAGACCGGGGAGAGGGCUCUAGCGAGAGGGCAUUCGCGGAUUACAUAUUUGGAAGCAUUAUUUUGCAUUUUUUCUGCAUUAAUUUCAUCAAUUGA